UUGAGGGGUGGGGAGGGGGAAAGAAACAAACCAAGAAUCAUAGCAGCGAGAGGCGGACUGUAUUUAGAGCCGCGGGCAACUCCGGGCGGGGAGAAAGGGAACGCGUGUCAACAUCACUAGAGUGAGUGUAAGGAUUGGGAUCCUCCUCCUCCUCCUCCUCCUCCCUCCCCCGCCUUCCCUCUGCCCCACGGUGUUCGAGGCUUUGGUGCGAUCAGAGCCGACGGGACAGCAGGCGACAAAGUUCUCAAUUGCCUCCACAGCACCCAGUUACACAGCAAAGAGUGAGAGAGAGAGACUCAUAGUGCACCAGGUGCUGCUGUUGGUCAUGGCAACUUCAUUACCAAGGACACUUGGUGAAUUGCAACUCUAUCGUAUUCUGCAGCGAGCCAAUCUCUUGUCUUAUUAUGAUGCUUUCAUCCAGCAAGGUGGAGAUGAUGUGCAGCAGCUCUGUGAAGCAGGGGAAGAGGAAUUCUUGGAAAUUAUGGCCUUGGUUGGCAUGGCUAGCAAACCCCUACAUGUCAGGAGGUUGCAAAAAGCUCUAAGAGACUGGGUGACAAAUCCUUCCAUCUUUAAUCAACCACUGAACUCACUACCAGUCAGUAGCAUUCCACUAUACAAAAUAUCUGAGGGCUCAGCUGCCUACUCUGGGUCAAAUGCCAACAGUCAUGAAAGAAACAAUAACCUUCGUGACCCUCCUGUGAAGUUUCCAAAAUGCUUGGCUGCUUUGUGUGGACAGGGAGUGGGACCAAGCAAGCCUGGUUUAGCAGGGAGUUCACCACUGCAGAUGCCUAAUGAGCCACGGUUCUGGCAAGGACAGUCCGCAACUGAAAGUGAACAUAGUCUUUCCCCUGCAGAUCCCUCGUCUCCCUCCUCGCCAAGGGAAAAUGGUGAAACUCUAGAUGCUGCUGCCAUCGUUGCCAUUACAGAAUCUGUUGAACGUUUGAUGCAAGGCAUUCAAAAAACAGACAAGACUGAAGUGAAAGAGUUUCUAAGAACCAAUAAGAAGUUAGCAAAAAUGAUCAGUCACAUCUUUGAUAUGAAGGAUGGUGACCCUCACAGAGAAGAAGAAAUAAGAAAAUAUAGUGCAAUAUAUGGACGUUUUGAUUCCAAAAGGAAAGAUGGAAAGCAUCUUACACUUCAUGAGCUAACUGUUAAUGAAGCAGCCGCUCAGCUUUGUACAAAGGAUAUUGCUUUGCUCACUCGGAGAGAUGAACUAUUUUCGUUAGCCCGACAGGUCUCCCGGGAAGUAACCUACAAAUAUACUUACAAAACUUCCAGGUCUAGAUGUGCAGAACAAGAGGAAUCAUCUCCCAAGCGUAUAAAAACUGAGGAUGCUUCUAUUCACAUUCAGGAAUCGCUACAGAUUUUACAACAGAGACAAGAGGGAUUAAAAGAGCAAAUGUCUCUUGCCAAGAUUAAAGGUGAUGAUGCCAUGGUUCAUCAUAUUCAGGUCCAGCUUGAAGCCAUAACGGCUAAAUACAUAAUGCUUGUACGUGAACAAACAGGCCAAGACAUGUUUCAAACAGAUGAGAGACGUCUCUCUGCCACAGCUUGUAGGCAAUAUUCCGAAGAGCAGAAUUCCAGAAGCCCCUCAGCAGAGAAUGUGGAUGGACCAGCUGACAAACCAUUGAAUCUCAGGAUCUCUAAUCAGCAAAGCAGACAAAUAAUUCAGCAAAUGGUAUCGGGAGAAGAAUUAAGCAGACAAUAUUCUAGCAAUGCGAGAGAGUCGCACUCUUCAGAAAACAUAGGCACAUUGAAGGAGUUCUGCCAGACGAUUCUAAAUCAUACAGAAAAGAAGAAUGAAACAUUCAAGUCUAUAAAAAUAGAGCCUGAAGAUAUUAGAUAGCCUUUUCCCAAAUCUGCCUCCUUCUGAAAAUGGCAUCAGCAAGUACCGUAACCAAAGCCUUAAAGACCAGUGUUGCCUCAUAUCUGUUCCAUUAUUGUUUUUUUUUGUUAAAGUUGCUGUGGACAAUUGUUUGUUCAAUAGAAAACUGAAUAAUUUCUAAACUGUUACUUCCUUGUUGACUGUGUUCAUGAAGUUCUACAGCUUGUUUGAAUAGUGAAUCAACUCCUUAAAACUAACCUAUUUAUUUAAAAAAUAAUCACUAAGAAAAGCAAACUCUCAUGAAAAUGGAUGACAGUGUUGAAACUAAGUAAUAAACAAUACUUAACCUUUUAAACUACACUGGCUUAAGAGAUAGGUUAUGCAUUGCUUUUGUCUGGAAUCUAGUUUAGCUUGAUGAAACUUGCUCAUUGUAUAUUUUUAUUUUGUUCCAAAGUGAUGUGAUGUAUGCAUGUAAUGUCAAAACCUAUACAAAGUACUGUAAUUAUAUAUAUAUAUAUAUAUAUGACAUGUUUAUUUAUCAUCAAUAAGGCAUGUGGGAUUGAAUUCAAUCAAGCACAAGUUUUGCUGAAUUAGUGUAGUUGAGGUGAACCAAAAUAGGCCACAGAGUAAGCACAACUGUUCAGCCUUGUAUUGAAAGAGGAAGAAACUAAUGUUUGAAAGCAAGUCUGAAUGUUACUGUGCAUUUCAAGCACACCUGUUGAAGUUAUUUCCAUUUAUCAGAAGCAGUGCAAAUUUCUGACUAAAAUACAACAAAUGUCAGCAGGCUCCAUUUUUUUUUAUUUUUGCAGGCCAGACAUAUGGAAAAUUUUCACAUAGAGGAAAAGGGCAGAUUGUGGGAGGAAACUAAACAUGUCAUUUUUCUAUUGAGAAGAACAUAUUUUAGCAUAUGUUCAUUUUAGCAUAUGUUUAUAUACAUUAUGCAUCAAUUGUUUUGUUUUUUUUCUAUUAUUACUAUGUGAGUUAUGCUAUUAAUUAUUUUUUAAAACUUGCCACACCAUUCCAGCCAUUUGCAGAUCUGAUGAGGACUGGCCAGGAAGAGUUAAUUGUAAACAAAAACUUUAGUCAAGAGCAUCAUGUUGGCAACUUUCUUAUUGAAAUUAGCAGAAAUAAUGCUCUGAUUUGGACUGCAUUAAAGAUUUCUGGAACAUGCUUUUUCAAAUCUAUUUUUCUACUUUUACUUUUUGUUCAAUGUUUAAAAUUAAUGUUGCAUUUUGUUUGUGGAGAACACAUUUUAUUUUGAUUGUGCAGGCAGCCAAAGUGCCAUAUUAUUUUUGAUGCAGAUUGAUCAGCAAUCAAUGCAAAAGUAGUGUUGAGAGAAGAGACAUCAGGGAGGGGAAAAAUGCAAUAAUGACACACACAAUGCUGAUUUAAUGCAUUUGAUUCGAACAACUGAAAGUAGAUUUGUGUUCAUAACGUGUAAUAAACAACUUUGGUAGCUGAUUAUUACAUUUUAGCCAAACUAGCUGUAGAGUUAUAGUGGCAGAUUAGCUGAACGGGAAUUAAAAACAAUUCCCUGUGGUACAACUCAAUUUUAAAACUGUGUUGUACUUUGUUGCCAUGAAAUGUUCUUGUGAAUUUCGACCUGUAAUGUACUGAUGUUACUAUAAUGAUGUCUUGAUUGUUCACCAGUAGUAUGUUAGAAUGUAACUUUAAACUGUCUCCCUCAUAAUCCUUUAGCAACAGUAAGGUGAUGAACAACAACGAGUACACAUACUCUAAUGUAAUCAGUAAUGUGUUGUGCUAAUGUUAUUGUUUCCUUUUGGAAUUCAAGUUAAUGAACAUUACAAGGGUCUAAGGAUCUCUGGGAGAAUGGCCAUUGUUCUAAUGGUCUGUACUGUACUGAAAUUGUUACUUAAUUGACAAAUGGGCCAGUGUUAAUUAUUCUGAGCGCUCUGAAAAUACAGCAUAAGAUGUUUUGG